GCUAGUCAGACAUUUAAUUUUUCUAACAGUUGCUUCCAUAUGUUUUGGAAACCAGGAAAAAAGUAAAGCACCUGAGACAAACCUAUCCGCCGGAACUCAACUUAGAAAAGGUAGAGAAGUUUAUGUUUCAGCGAUAAGAUAUUGCAGCGAUCUUCCAAAGGAUGUUCGGAGUGGUAUCUACAGGAUACAACCAGACAAAGCAGAAUCAUUUGAUGUUUAUUGUGAGAUGACAAUUGACUCUGGCCGUUGGACUGUUAUACAGAGAAGAGAGAGUGGUGAUCUUGAUUUCUAUCUUGGAUGGGCAGAAUACAAAACAGGAUUUGGAGAACUUAAUCGAGAAUUUUGGUUGGGUAACGACAAGAUUAACAUUUUGACAUCACAAGGGAGAUAUGAGUUGAGAAUAGACCUCGAUGACUUUGACAACAAUCAAGCUUAUGCUAAUUACCAACAUUUCUACAUAGGCAAUGAAACGUCAAAGUACAAAAUAAAUGUCUACGGCUAUAGUGGGAAUGCGGGUGACAGUCUUGACUACAGUAACCGGGGAAGGUUUACAACUCUAGACAGGGACAAUGAUGAUGCUAAAGAUAACUGCGCUCGACGCCAUCCUGGUGCAUGGUGGUACACGAAUUGCAUGCGUUCUAAUCUACAUGGUCAUUACUAUAUCAAGACUCCAAUUGGAAAUUGGAAUGAUGACCUACAAAGAGCACCAUUAGUAGCUUUGAUAAACACCAGUGAUAUUCGUCAAAAUGUAUUGAAAUCUUUCGAAAAACAACUAAAUGAAAAAGUGGAUACUUUAGUUAAACAGAAAUUACAGAAUAUUCAUCAUCGCAUUCAGAAAUUGGAAGAAAAAUGGAAAUCAUUUGAGAAAGACAUUUCCACAGGAAAUAAAAAAAGAAAACUAGUUCAAAUGUUAAUGUCCAAACGUAAACUGGUAAACUGCUACACCAAACAGAAAAUUGUCUCUAUAACCGAAACAUCAGAAUCAUCAUGGAAUCCUCCCAGCAAUGCUACUCCGUUCAAUGCAAAUAUACAAACUUAA